AUGCAACGUUCACCAGCUAAUUUGUCCAAGAACUUUGCUCGUAAAUUCCUUAAUCCCGGCGGUCGGAACCCAAUCCGAACAAUACCAAGCCCAUCAUGCGCUGUGUUCUUAAACCACCGGGGAGAUGAUACGAGGAAAACUCUUGCCGGGUUGCUCUACGACCACCUUUUCAGGUUGAGGCUUAGGCCUUUCCUCGACAGUCGAAACAUGAAACCUGGGGACAAACUGUUCGACCAGAUCGAUAUCGCUAUCCGAAAUUGUAAGGUUGGCGUUGCUGUGUUCUCGCCCCGAUAUUGUGAGUCCAAGUUUUGUCUCUAUGAAUUGGCUCUGAUCAUGGAAUCCAAGAAAAGAGUUAUACCCAUAUUUUGGGACGUAAAACCAUCCCAGCUAUUGGUGAAGGACAACGGAACUUGUUCGGUGGAGGAGCUUCAGAGAUUCAGCUUGGCACUUGAAGAAGUUAAAUAUACCGUAGGACUUGCUUUCGAUUCGUCAACAGGGGAUUGGUCAGAGUUCCUAAGAAGGGCUUCCCAUGCAAUCAUAGAGAAUUUACUCGAGCUUGAACGAAGAGCUUGGCUUGUUAUAUUGGAGUCCAUCAAUGCCCAUGAAGAUGACGUAAAUGCCUUCUUCGCAGGCUUCGAUGCCUUUGUGUUCACGAGCUCAGCGGAUGGAACUAUCAAGGUAUGGCGAAGGGAGCUACAGAACCAAGCACUUCCUGGUUCGGGUUUUGUUGAAACAGGAAAAUGCGAUGAUAGCGUUAGCCGUAAACAAAUCGUCAGCCGUUGUAUAAUGCAGAUCCUUAGAUGCGCUGGUGAAAUUCUGGGAAUGCAAGAAGAGGUAGAGUGA